CUGCUAGCAAUGUAUUAUAAAGAGUUCAGUGCACACAGUAAUUGGUGAGCAGAAAAUGAAUUCAGCUCUCCGAAAUACCCGACUGGCGAAGCUAACGUUACUCACCGUGUUAGAAACAGAACUGCGGAAAACUUCUCAGAUUUGACUUUGGUCAGCACGGGAUGCAUUUGUAGCAAAAGUGGAUGAGAAAAGAUUUGCUGAUAUGUCCUGAGAUCCUCACAGCCAUUCACAACGUCGCCAACCCAGCAGUGUUGAAGGACACCAAACCGGGGCGACCAUUCAACUUUUGACCUUUUGUCAGACAGCAGUCUGCCACUGUUUUUGCUUCUAGAGCUUCUGAGAGGCCCAGACGGAGGAGCAGCACACAGCGGCCUUGACGGACGGGAAGACGUGCGAGAUUCCACAGGGAGAGGGCGGAAAAACGAAGAGAAGAGAAAGGAGCGGAGGAGCGGAGGUGUGAAAGAUAGAGGACAAGUGGGGAAUUCCACGAGGCUGAAGCCAGGCGUGCGGAACAGAGAACAGGUUACCUCUCUAACUACAGAGGGCUACACACACACACACACACACACACACACCUCAACACUGGAGGGCUCCAAGGAUUUUAGCCAGAUGUCAAGAUAAUCGGACAGGAGUUCAGCAGCAGCAUCAUCGUCCAACAAUUUCUCUGACCUCUCUGGAUUCUAUUUCUCGCCCACUUUUUUUCCCGCCCCUUCGUUUCUGGAAAACAUGACCUUGUGGUUGGGUUCUGGGGCCUUGUGGACAGUUUAGCGUUGGUGUCGAGAGUGGACGUGGACGUGACUGUGAGUGCGGCGUGUCGGUGCUGGCCAUGUCGUGGAAGAGGAACUACUUUGCGUCGGGCAGCAGCGGCCUUCAGGGCAUCUUUACCCCGCGCACCAUGACCUCCAUCGCCCCUAGCAAAGGGCUCAUUAAUGAGCCAGGACAGAACAGCUGCUUUCUGAACAGUGCUCUCCAGGUGCUCUGGCAUUUGGACAUCUUCCGUAGGAGCUUCCGUCAGCUGACCACACACAAGUGCAUGGAGGACUCCUGCAUCUUCUGUGCCCUCAAGAGCAUCUUUGCUCAGUUCCAGUUCAGCAGUGAGAAGGUGUUGCCGUCGGACGCCCUGCGCAGCGCUCUGGCCAAGACCUUCCAGGACGAGCAGCGCUUCCAGCUGGGCAUCAUGGACGACGCCGCAGAGUGCUUCGAGAACAUUCUGAUGCGCAUUCACUUUCACAUCGCCAACGAGAGCAAGGAGGACAUCUGCACAGCCAAGCACUGCAUACCCCACCAGAAGUUCGCCAUGACGCUUUUUGAACAGUGUGUCUGCAGCAGCUGUGGUGCCUCCUCAGACCCCUUGUCCUUCAUCCAGAUGGUCCACUACAUCUCCACCACCUCUCUCUGUAACCAGGCAGUGCGGAUGCUGGAGUGCCGGGAGAAGCCCACUCCGGACAUGUUCGGGGAGCUGUUGCGCAACGCCAGCACCAUGGGGGACCUGCGCAACUGCCCGUCCGGUAACUGUGGGGAGAAGCUGCGGAUCCGGCGCGUCCUGAUGAACUCCCCUGAGAUAAUCACCAUCGGCUUGGUGUGGGACUCGGACCACUCUGACCUGGCGGAAGACGUCAUCCACAGCCUCGGCACCAUCCUACGACUGGGGGAUCUCUUCUACCGGGUGACGGAGGAGAAGGCCAAGCAGGCGGAGCUCUACCUGGUGGGCAUGGUGUGUUACUACGGCAAACACUACUCCACCUUCUUCUUCCAGACCAAGAUCCGCAAGUGGAUGUAUUUCGACGACGCCCACGUCAAGGAGAUCGGGCCCAAAUGGAAGGACGUGGUGUCUCGCUGCAUAAAGGGACACUACCAGCCGCUGCUGCUGCUCUAUGCUGACCCCCGGGGGACGCCGGUGUCAGCGCAGGACCAGCCCUCCCGACUGGAUCUGCACUACCUCAACAAGUCCUACUACGACAGCGAGGACUCAGGCCGCGAGCCGUCCAUCUCCAGCGACACGCGCACCGACUCCUCCACGGACAGCUACAGCUACAUGCACUCGCACUCGCACCAUGAGUCCAUGGCCAGCCACUUCUCCUCCGACUCCCAGGGCACCGUCAUCUGUAACCAGGACAACGACGCAGCCUCACACAGCAGCCUGGAGACCACAGGCCCAGUGACGGACAGCGAGCCACUGUCCCGCCACACACUCAGGAAGUCCGGCCUAGCAGACAGGAAGGGCGGGACUACAGACAGGAAGAGGAGUGCCAGCCGCCCACGCCGCUUUGAGGAGCGCAGCCGGGGGUCCCGAACAGACGAGGCGUCUUCAGCCGGCUACCACAGCGAGGGUGAGACUCUUAAGGAGCAGCAGGCUCCGCGCACCGCGCCCAAGCAGUCAUCGGGCAGCCGCCUGCGGGACUUCAAGGAGACCAUGAGCAACAUCAUCCACAGCCGCCCGCUCUCCUCCUCCACCUCCUUCAUCCCCUCCUCCACCGGCGGCAGCAGCGGGCGGGGGGCCCCGGCGUGCGACUGGGAGGCGGACAGCACCAGCAGCGAGUCCAAGUCCAGCUCCACGUCCGGGGGCCGCUACCGGCCGGCGUGGAGGCCUCGCCGUGAGGCCCUCAACAUCGACAGCAUCUUCAGCCGCGGGGGGCGGCGGCAGGCCGGUUACAGCCCUUUGAACGCCGGGCCGCUCGCCGAGGACGGAGGCUCCCCCACGGUCCAGCCGGACCCAGUGGCGGCGGCAACGACCACGCCGGCCACAGCGUCGCCGGCAACAAAAGACUUUGCCGCGGCGGCAGCCAUGACGACGGAUGGCCCCGCGUUCCGCUGCGGUGCCGGCUCGGCGACGCUCCCCGGCGGCCCUGCGUGCUCACGGGGGGAACAGCAGCAGCCGAGGCUGAUCCAGAGGAUGGAGAGCGGCUACGAGAGCAGCGAGAGGAACAGCAACAGCCCAGUCAGCCUGGACAUACCCAUCGGGGACAGCCACAGCAACUCACGCACACCCAGGGAUGGGGGUUUGAAGAAGCCAGCCGCCCCGAACGUGGGUCCAUCAUGGCGGAGUGUGCCCAAGUCCAAGAGUAGCAGUGCCCUGCUGCAGGACGUCCAGGCAGCCAGUAGGGGCAGCGCUCAGAGCAGCCAGGGUCCGUCCGAGGGCCGCAGCGAGCUGGACGAGCUCCAGGAGGAGGUGGCGCGGCGGGCGCGCGAGCAGGAGCAGCAGCGUCGGCGGGAGAAGGAGCGCGAGGCAGCCAUGGGCUUCAACCCACGGCCCAGCAAGUUCAUGGACCUGGACCAGCUGCAGAGCCAGGGGAAAGGGGACAGCUUUGAGCGGUGCGUGUCGGAAGCGGACGCCCUCUUAGAUCAGUCUCUGCGCUUAGAGCAGGCCGGCGAGGUGGCCGCCGCUCUGUCUGUAGUUAACGAAGCCGUGUCUAAACUCAGGCUUCCCAUGCAUGAGGGCGGCACUAACACUCAUAGCAGGACAGUGGCUGAAGCCCGCCAGCAAAAAUGCAUGAGGAGAGCCAGAGGCCUGCAGCAGCGCAUGCAACAGCAGCAGCAGAAGCAGGAGCAGCAGAAGGAGCACAGACAGCAGCGUGAGGAAGAGGAGGAGGAAGAGGAGAAGGAGAGACCGCAGAAGCAGCCCCCCAGGUACUGCUGCGCACGCCCCGCAGCGGAUGUGCUGACCGAGGGCCCCAGGCGGGAUGGCAGAGGUGCGAACGGUGCGAGUGACCAGUCCAAUGGCCUGUCGCCGCCCGUGCCCAAGGCCGUAAAGGAGAGUCCUCCUCCUCCUCCUCCUGCCAAGCUGCCGGUGCUGCCCAACGCCCCUCCACCCACGGCUCCUCCCCCCAGCCCAACGGCCUCAUCCCGCCUUCCCCGACUCUCCUGGCCAAUCACAACGGGACUGGUUGGACCGCGGCUCACGCAGACCCGUCCCACGUCCCCUACCCCUCGCAGGUCUCUCACGGUGGAGCUGCAGCCCCCCAGCACGUCCCCCCGCUCACCCUCCCCAUCUACAGAGCCCCGAGCAGGAGCAUGCAUGCCUGUGGAAUGCUGGGCCGAGAACAUCAACCGAUACUACAACUCCCAGAAUGCCCUCUCCUCCUCCACCACCACCACCACCACCACCACCACUGCUGCCUCGCCCACUGAGGAGCUCUCGGAGCUGGACUCCCUCUACCAGGCCAGCCUGCAAGCUUCCUCUGUGCCUCGCACCCCACGGGGUCACAGCCCCCAGCCAGGCUCCAGACCAGGCUCCGCAGCCAGGAAGCUCUUGUAUGGCGGAACUCUCGGACGCUCCAAAACUCCCACCGCGGAGAUCGAGAGGAACGCCUACAGAACACCUGGUUACGUCAGUGCCCCAGAGGCGCCCACUAAGCCUGCGCAGCCUGCGAGUGCAGUGGAGUGUGACCGGGUGGGGGUGUGUGACGAUGCAUCCUACAGUGCCGAGAACCUGCGUCGUGUCGCCCGUAGCCUGAGUGGCACAGUCAUCGGGGGUCGACCUGAGCUGCUCUCUUCCUCCCGCAGCUUUGAGUCCUCUGUAACCCGGAUGCCAAAGCAUGCAGACGCGCGGGUCAUCUCACAUCACCAUAGCAAUUCCCCGCACUUCACGUCCUCCCCCCACCUCCCCCCACUCCCCCUCCUUCCCCACCACCACCCCUCAGCACCUGUACCCCCACCCACACGCCCCCCCGACACACCCAACCCAGCAGCCUCGGGGACUCACAGCUCUGUGUGGUGUGUGUGUGUGUGUGUGUGUGUGUGUGUGUGUGUGUGUGUGAGUGCGUUAACGCUCUUUUUGUUGCCACGUGCAGGAGAUCACUCAAAGGUCAACCCCUUUCUGGCUAUGUUUGACCGGAGUGAAGCUCUCCAACGCGACUCCUACCACAACGUCGCCAUGAGCUACGGCACGCUCCCGCGGGCUCCGCGGCGGCCAGCACCGGCCAGGCAAUGGAGCCAACUGGACUCCGGCUACGCCACCCUCGCCCACCCCCGCCGCUCCGCGCCCCAAGACCGACCUGCAGAGGCCCCUUACAGGCGGCCCAUGUCCACGCACACGAGCCGAGUUCCAGUGCCACCACCACCAUCGGCCCCCCAGCACCACGAGCUCCGCAGCCCACACACCCAGGCCCCCCCUCAGCCACUCCGCCUGGACGUGCCCCCCGAGGGCGACUGGAGGACUACGGGCUACCAGACGGUCAUCCUGGGCGGCAGGAAUACCCAGCAGCAGCAGCAGCAGCCCUUCGCCAGGACGGACUCCCGGAUGAGGCUGACGCGGAGCCCCUCGGUGGGUAGUCCGCUGUGCGCCCUGUGCCACCGCGCUCCCGCCGAGCCCAUGGCCGGCUACUGCCGCUCCUGCGGGGCACACGUGGCCCGCUUCCGCACCGCCAGCUGAACCCGCCGACCCGCUUGCACACCUGGGACACCUGCCACUACCACACACCUGGGCUCUCUUCUCACCUGCUACACCCCCCCCCCCCCAAAACGCUGAGUCACACUUCUCUAGCCGAGGUUGUGCCCAGCUAAGGGGAUUGGUAGGGUAGAGCACUGGUUCCCUAACACAAACACAACCUGCUCUUCACUAAGAGUACAGCACUCUUUCUCCAUUGGAUGGCCUUAAUGCAUGCCCCUAGCAGAAAUGGAAAAGGCCGAAUUCUCUUGUGGAGUGAGAUGGACUUCAGCCUCUGAUACGGUCACUCUCCCGACUGCAGCGUCUCCACUGCCUUUCAUGAUGCCUGCAGCUCUCCUCUCUCCAUUCUGCCAUCGUCUGAAGUUCAUCAGAAAGUGGGUUGUCCCUGUCCUCUGUAAUGGUGGUAGUGGGUGACCAUUUUACAUUAUCCUUGGUUCAGGGCCUCUGUGUGUCUGGAAUAGGACCUGCAGUGAUGUGGACUAUGGAGAGCUUGCAAUGUAGAGUCCUUUGGCAGCUCCUCCUCAAGCUGACCACUGCAGUAUCUGAAACAGGACACUAGGGAAGUUCUGACGGCUCCCCCUUCUACAGACACAAUGAUGACACUGAUCCUGGCCUCCAGUAAGGGGCUACGUGUUGUAUGAAGGCUUGGGAGAGACACUAAAGAUGGAUUAUGGGUCAGAAUAGCUGUAAAACAUAUGAAGGAAGAGGUAUGAAGCCUGCCAUGGAACCAUUGGAACCGUUAGCCUGAAAUUCAAAUCAGGAUCUGCUGAAUUUGAAAUCCUGAUUUCCUGAUAUUCUGUUUGCGAUUUGUCUCACUUUCAGCAAUGACAAGCACAUAAUUCUUCCUCCCACAAACCAGUUUUAUUUAUAAUCAUCAUAACAAUUAAUUACUUACUAAUUAUUUACUCAGAACUGUUAAUACAUAAUUAAGACUAUGAAUGCUUCUUCAUUUCAAAGUGAUUACUAAACAAAGUGUUACCACAACUAUCUUACUAAUCAGUAUACUCUUAACUUCCUUUCCAGAAUCUUUGGUAUAUAUCCUAGCAGCGUCUGGUCAUUGUUUUGAAGCUGAAAAAGGGCUUUCCAACCAUACACGUCAUGGUUGCUGUGCAGAAAGCGACUGAUGUUGAUUACGGUAGCUUUUGUGGAUAAUAUUUUUAAAAAAUGGUUUAUUUUAGUGCAGUGAAAUGAACAUAACAGUGUUAACACCAAUUUAGUGCACUUCAGAAGUGCAAGCACUAGAAGAUUUAGUAUAAAAAAAGUCGCUCUUCUCCGAUGUUCUGGGAGAAAUGUUUUGUGAAAUAUUUAUAUUUUGUACAGUAGGCAAGGAUGUUUAAAAUGCCAUCCUAUAGAGGCACAGCUGUUUGCGACCCAUAGGCGCCAUUCUUAAUCAGCUUUUGUCAGACAAUGAAAACCCUGCAUGUUGAAAUGGGAGUGGUCCUUUUCGAUUCUGGCAGUAGAGUUUUAGACUUGAUGGAUUUUCUUGGGAGGUUCUACUGAGAGGUAGGGGAGGUGGGGGAUUAUUUAUUGUUUUGUUAUUAUUAUAUCUCCACAAAUUCAAUUUCAUAUGUUUCUGUUACACCAUGAAUCCUUGGUUUUGCCAUUUCUCCCGUAAGGGAUCUUUUUUAUACACUUGUAGGAGCUGACUGAAUUUUGAGCAAAUUCACUCUUUAAAAAGUCUGCCUGUUUUCUUGGCAGGCAAGUUACACAGAGGGUCACAUGGCAUUAGCAAGUGCAGAAAUGUAGCAUCGUGGGGCCUUGUGACAGUUCUCAAACUUCAGAUUGUUUAUGUUGCAAUUUUCUUUUUCACUUAUACAAAAACAAACAAAUGUAAAGCCUUAUGUAAAUGCUUUUGUCAAAGCAUUACCUUUAAAUGAAGGAAUGAAAAUGAAACAUGUUUUGUUUUUAAGAUAAAGUUUUUGCCUAUUUUUUGGUUGCAUAUUUUUACAUUUAUUUUUCUAUAUUGUUGAAACUGCUGGCUAAAUGCUACUAGUACAACAAUGGGACAGGGUUGCCCUGGACUAUGUAGUCAACAAGAGUGUGUGGGGGGGGGGGAUGAUUUAGGGGCUAACAGAUUUAACUUACUGAAAGUCCUGAGAACUGGAUUGUAGCUAUUCUGUUAAAUUGAUACUCAUAGCUGGUCUUGGACAAGGAUUAAACUCUGCUAAACCAUCCAUUGAACUGUUGAAUGUUAACUGCAUUCAUCAUAACAUGUGUUACUACAAAAUCAGAGUAAAUUUUAAUCUGAAUUGGAAUUUUGAAUGGAGAAUUUAUAUUGUGGUUAAGUCACACUUAUAAAUCCUUGUCUAGUGAUUAAGCUGCCAGUAUCUCAGUGAUGUGAAUAACCUUUGGUUAGGAGGUUAUAAAUAUUGUUAUGUGUACUGAACAGCAACACUGCCCCCCUAAGGACAAUGAGCAGACUACUGGAUCCAGUGUGUCCUUAAACUGUACCAAAAUGUUGGUGGUCCAUCGCAUACUGAAACUGUUGAAGUAUGUAUAUAAAUGUUUGUACAUACAUGAAUAGCCUUUAAAUCUAAUGAAUGAGCUUUGCCCAUAUAAAAGCUUGACAGAUUUCCAUUUCAAAGGUUGUUUGUAAAUGCUGUGCUAGAAAAAAAAGGAAGUUCAUGUGUAUUUUUGCAAUAAAGUUGCUAUCCUCUGCUCCAGAUUUGAGCAGAAUUUAAAGACAAA